UUUCAAUAUGGCGACCUCCAAGUUGGCAUAGUAAACAAUUUCCUUAGUCGAAGCCCAAGACACUUGUAUCAACUUCUCCAUCCUCCAUCAUUCUCCCAUGACUUGAACUUACAAAAUAAUACGAAUAAACCUUCUUGUACAGUUGGAAUUUGGAUGACAAGUCCAAUGAUAUGCUACAUUUGAUUAGAAUACCGGUUCCGUCACUAAAGAUGGGAGGACAAUUCCGCAGUUUUCAAUGGGACCCUGUCCUCAUCAUUGGCCAGAUAAUAGCAAUGAUUUCCUUUUGGUACUUUUCUUUGGGCAUGUGGAUAUUUGUCCUAGAUGUCAUUGGAAAGUUUGACCUUUCAACUGAACAACUUUUUACACAGAGCGAUCUUGGACUAUAUGAAGACUCUGGAAGAACAAAUAUAAUAGCAUAUGCCCUCAACAGUUUAACUGCGUCAUUCAUUAUGUGGACUGUAGUAGGACGCACGAAACAGUGCUUAGACUUCACUGCAACCAUCCAUGGGUUCCACUUCUUUGCCUGCUGGAUCUACUUUGGUUAUGUACCUGUGACAUUUUGGUGGUGGGUGACCAACAUCAUUUGCCUGGCCCUGACUACCGUGACUGCAGAGUUCCUGUGUAUGAGGUCAGAGAUGAAGGCUAUACCAGUGGGGAUGGGGGCUAAAGUAGAUUUGUAAAGGUUGUUGGCAAAGUGCUUUGUGAAAGUUAUGUUGCUGCAUCGCUCCUGAACUAACAGAUGGCUGUAAACUCAGUAUAAAAUUAUUUUUUUUGUUUUAGUUAAUUUCAAAAUAGACAUUUUUGAUUUCAUCCAAUGUGUAUUCAUUUUAAACUAAAGCACACAUAAUUUUGUGUGGUAUUUAUAUAAAAUGUUUUUUUUCAAUGUACGUAUUUUAUAUAAAAAAAACUCUUAAAUUGUUCAUUAUGUGUGUGGAUACCAUGUAUAGAAAUAAAUAUUAACACUAAAUUAUAGUAAAAUUUAUCCAGAAAUUGAGUAGAUAUAUUAGACUAUAAUAUAUAUAGGUAGUCACUGUAUAGAAGGAUAUAGAACUAUAAUGAUUCAUUUUUUUACUGUUUUAUUUUUGUUUUGCAAGUAUUUGAAAAUUACUCAUAGAACUAUUGUCAAAAGAGUUGAAUGUUUUUGAGAAUCUGAGACUGCUUGAAGUGCAUGUCUUAUUAUGUGUCUGUACAUUGCAUUUCUUUGUUCAUUUUUUGACUCUUGUUGAUGAUUUAAUGUAAAGAACUCAUUGAGUAUCUUACUGAUAGCAGAUUAUUAGAUAGUGUUGGUAUUGCCAUUAUUGUGGUUGUUGGAGGGCAGCAUCAAGGCUGUUUUAACUGUGUUUGUUUAUAAUAUGUAAAGAUAUGCCAAUUGAAUUAUUGUUUUAAUUAUAUAAAUCAUGCAGUUUUGUUCAUAUUUUUUUGUUUUUUUGUAUAAAAAAUGUCCAGAAAGAUUUUCAAAUCUUAAUUUCUGUUUGGUCUGUUUCGCAGUGGAGUUAAGAAGUAAAAAUUAUCCAAAUACAAUUGAAUAUAAACAAAAUG